AUCCUCGUACCGCUUCCAUGUUACUUUCGGCUUGGUGGGUCUGCGCUUCCCGUCUCGCAGUGGUUGCGUUUUUAGCAAGGAACCAUACCGAUGUUUGCUCCCUCAGAGCAGAGCCGUCGAGUGCUAGUGUUCAUCGUGCUGCUCUGUGGGUCUCGUUUGGUUCAUUCUAAUCUGCCCCUUUUGCUUGCUGGGUGGGUGGGUGCCCGCGUUGAGAGGGAAUUUCAAGAACGAUGGUGGUCGCGCAGUUGUUUAGUUUUCCUUCGCAUGUCUUUAACUUUGGCUAAUGUGUGGAGAUUGCUUCUGUUGCGGAACUAUGUGAUGGAGCCCGACAGGUUGAAUUCUCCUGACACUUCUGUAAUCACUAUUGACAUUUUGGGUCACCAACUGCAAUUUGCUCAGGAUCCAAAUUCAAAGCACUUAGGAAUGACAGUUUGGGACGCAUCAAUGGUGCUUGUUAAAUAUUUGGAAAAGAAUUCUAGAAGGGGAAGAUUCUGCCCAUCUAAGGUCAAAGGAAAGCGUGUUAUUGAGCUUGGUGCAGGUUGUGGAGUAGCUGGGUUUGGCAUGGCACUGCUAGGGUGUGAUGUAGUCACAACAGAUCAAGCUGAGGUUUUACCACUGCUAAGGAGGAAUGUUGAACGGAAUACUUCAAGGAUCCUCCAGAUGAAUCCAGAUUCAUUUGGUUCGAUUCAUGUAGCUGAAUUGGACUGGGGAAACGUGGAACAUAUAAAGGCUGUUCAUCCUCCUUUUGACUUUAUCAUUGGCACAGAUGUUGUUUAUGCAGAGCAUCUCCUGGAACCACUGCUGGAGACAAUAUGUGCAUUAUCAGGACCUAGAACCUGUAUCUUGUUGGGUUAUGAGAUGCGAUCCACAAGUGUGCAUGAGCAAAUGAUGCAGAUGUGGAAGAGAAGCUUUGAUUUGAAACCCAUUCCAAGAUCCAAGAUGCACAGUAAGUACCAACAUCCUAAUAUUCAACUUUUUAUGAUGGGGUCAAAAUCCACGGAGAGAAGCACAGGAGAGACGACUCGGAAGGCGGAGAGCACAGAUGAGACAACUCAAAGGAUCGGGACUUCAGAUGAGAAGACAAGGUUUGACCAGAAGAUCAGUGAAGAUGAUACGGCAGAACCUCAAAUGGACUGGAAUAGUUUGGAUAACAAUCUCCCUGAUGAUCCUGCCAGUGAAAGAUUCAAGGACGAUGACGAAUUGCUGGAGAAACUCAAGAGUGGCGAUCUUAGUGAAUGGGAAGCAAGAAGGUAUGGGUCAAUGGCUGCUCGGCUUCUUCGUGAUGUAAAGAUAACGUAGAGGUUCUUAAGGUAGUAUUGCCAGUACUUAUUUGUCAAUGAGUGAAGUUUAUCACAGCACCUAGAGAGUUGGUUAGAUUUAGAUGGUGGUCCUAUUUGCCACAUAUAGAAACAGCCUAUCUUCGUACGGAAACUGGUUCAUUGAAGUCCUUUUCUGUCAGUUGAUCCGCUCUAAAUUGAUGAUACACCUUUCCAGCA